AUGUCAGAAAACUACGUCGCGCCAGCCCAGCAGCGCUACCUGCGCGCCUGCAUGGUCUGCUCGAUCGUCAUGACCUACGCCCGCUUCCGCGACGAAGGCUGCCCCAACUGCGAGGAGUUCCUCCACCUGCAAGGGUCGCCCGACCAGAUCGACAGCUGCACGUCGCAGGUCUUUGAAGGGCUCAUCACGCUGGCCGACCCGUCCAAGUCAUGGGUGGCAAAGUGGCAGCGGCUGGACGGGUACGUGCGGGGCGUCUACGCGACAAAGGUAUCGGGCCAGCUGCCGGACGACGUACGGACCUCGAUCGAGGAGGAGUACAGGAUUACAUACAUCCCACGUGAUGGCAGCGCGACCGAGGCGGAUUAG